GGGCCUAAGCCCAUACAAAACUAAAGCUGCAAGUCCAGAUCCAGAGAGAAAAACCUUACACUAUAUGAUCUGCUCUCAAACCCUAAUACUCACUCGACAUAUCAUAUCACACCUAGUCGCCCGCCACUCCUUGUAGCUGCUCCCUCAGAUCGCCGAAAAUGCCGUUCAAGAGGUUUGUAGAGAUAGGAAGAGUCGCCCUUGUUAAUUAUGGAAAGGAUUACGGAAAGCUUGUUGUUAUCGUCGAUGUCAUUGACCAAAAUAGGGCUCUUGUUGAUGCUCCAGACAUGGUGAGGAGCCAGAUGAACUUUAAGAGACUUUCACUCACAGAUAUCAAAAUCGACAUUAGUAGAAUUCCAAAGAAGAAGACCCUCAUUGCUGCUAUGGAGGCUGCUGACGUGAAGGGCAAAUGGGAGAGCAGUUCCUGGGGAAGAAAGUUGAUAGUUCAGAAGAGGAGGGCCUCACUUAAUGACUUUGACAGGUUCAAGCUUAUGCUGGCAAAGAUAAAGAGAGCUGGAGUUGUGAGACAGGAGCUUGCAAAGCUUAAGAAAGAGGCUGCUUGAGAACUCGUUGAUUAGUGAAAUUGGAAUAUUAGAUUUUUGGAAGUUGUACUUGUUACCUUUGAGAUUUUGUUGCACUAAGGGAAGCAAAGCAUAUUUUGGUUUUUACUUGAACGUCUUUCAAUAGUUUUUCUCAUCUAUGAUGAACGAUCUCUGCCAAGGAUUCCCUUCUCUGUCAUUUAAUGUAAUAGCUUUAAUAUCU